AUGAUGAUUGAUGUUGUUAAGGAUGAUACAGGUUUAGAAGUGAGGGCAGAUCAACAAAGAUUACAAGAAUCGAUCUUACAAAACUACAGUAUUUGGAAGUUUUUGGUGGAGGAUCUUCGAUGUUUGGUGCUUUUGAACUUGUCACGAAAUAAACAGCUCACAGAUGCAUCCUUAAAAUCCAUUACUGGUCUGACACAAUUGGUGUCUCUAAACUUAUCAACUUCUCAAGUAACAAGUGAAGGAUUGCCGCAUCUAAAGCCAUUAAAGAAGUUAAAAUCUCUGAGAUUAGAGUCCAUUAAAGUGACUGCAAAUGAUAUAAAACAACUCCAGGAAUUUGACUUUCAAAUGUGGUAACCUUUUGUCCCUCAGUAAGCAUUCAUGGAUUUACUUGAUUACUUUAUUAUUAUCUCUUUAUGGUAAAAUUCUCAUUUGACCAUACAAUUAACAAUAAUUAACAAUUCUCGUCAACCAAAUUGUUAAUUGUGCACCAUACAAUUCAGUAACAACAAUAUAUUUGUGUUAUUAAGUGGACGAUUAUCAAAAUAAUUUAAGCAUUAAUACUAUUAAGCACUUACAAUCAACAAUUACCUUAUGAUUUUCAUUUGAGGGUUGUGUGAUGACUGCCUGAUUCGUUACUACUUCCAUCAACAUAUAGGUAUAAUAUAUAAUAAUCCAAUAACAAGAAAUUAAAAAAGAAUUAAUUAGAAGAAUUAAUGUAUAGUAAUUGAAUAAAAUAAAAAAGAAGAGGUACAGAAAUGGUCAUUGUAGUUUGAUUGCAGAAAUAGUCUCUAAGGGUAUUUUUUUUUUUUUUUAAAGUUAACAACCAAGUUGUUAAAGUUAACAUUUUUAGACCAAAAACGCACAAGGUAUCCGAAAUUGGACCGAUGGUGCACCUCCAAACAUAUUUAGACCAAAACCACAUUUUUUAUCCAAAAAAGUUUGAUGAUGCAACAGUGGUCCAAUUUUGGAUACCUUGUGUGGUUUUUGUCCAUACUCUUCAUAAAAUGACGAAUAUGCCUUUAUUUGAUUCUUUUCGUUUUUCUUUAUUUAAUUAAAUAAAAUAAAAAGAAAACAUUACCUGUCCUACCCCACCCCACCCCUCUCUUUUUCUCUCCUGCUACAUUGCUCAUUGGACCACCACCAUCAGAGAAAGGCCACCGCCACUACCACCACCAUUAGAAGAUUGACUAUCACUGCCAUCAUCGGAGAAUGGAGACGACGCCAUAGUAGAGAUCGGAGCUAGGAUUUGUACACCGUUUUUGCUGGAAAGCAUAUAUCGUCGUCUUCGUCCCUUCGUCUUCUCUAGUAGCGUCAUUGUAAUGCUAGAAGGGUUUUGUAGUGCCAUCUGUCGUCGUCGUCGUCGUCGUCCUUUCGUUGCCUCCCCUUUGUUCCAGAUCUACAAUCGAGACCGAAGAUGAUGUUUUCCAUUACAUAAACCAUAGCCACCAGAUUGUUUCUGUUCCACAUACGGUAGCCAUUGGUAGAGGGUUGUCUCAGUGGUGAUGGUGUUUCCGGCUAGAACAAGUGGUGGCGCAGGGAGUGGAAUGGAGGCGACCAUAGGUUGUAGUGGUGUUCUUACUAGUAAACGAAACCUCCUUAAUGUUUUACGACUACGAAGGCUAACAAUACUCGUUCUGGUGACGGCUUAUAAAAUGAUAGUGUUCCAGAUUUGCAAAUAAACUAUGGUGAGGGUGGUAUAAGUGGUGAGGUGGUCGUUCGUCGGGUGACAAAGAAGGGAAAAGAGAGAUGUGUUUUUGUUGGUACUCGGCAGCACGAUGGCGGCGUCUCGCGGUCACGGUGUUGGCAAGUGAAAACCCUAAUUGUCGAAAGAUGGUGGCGGCGACACUUGGCUUGGGAAAACUCCGAUCAGAAGGGUGGUACCGGUGGGGAAGUUUUAUCGGUACGUGGAAGGAAAGAUGGGGGUGAUGGUGGUGGUGGACGGUCGUGGCAGUCGGUGGUGAUGGUGGCGAACGGUGGUAGUAGUAUGUGGUGAUGGUCACAGCCAUUAGAGAUAAUAUGUUU